CUCCUCUCACUUCCUGUCGUUCAUCCAUUUGCCUGUCACAGUCUCUUCGCUCUCAUUCUGCUCCCGUCUACCCGCUCUCUCUUUCUCUUUGUAUCUGUACACUGCAGGGAAGGGAAGGACAGGGCCAUGAGGGCUCAGGCUAAUUCGUGCAGUGGAGUCCAACUAGUGCUCUUCCCGCUUCUACUUUUAGCGGCUCUACAGUUCCACGGAUGCACAUCACAAGGUUUACCAAUCGUAACUCCAAGUGAUACUACACAAGUCCUACAAUUUGGAGAUGAAAUAGAGCUCAAUUGCUCAUUUCCAUCAGCCGUUAACUAUACAUGGAGUGUUGAAGAAGAUCCUGAUUUUGAAGAAACCAGUCAAAAUUUGACUAUAUCUUACGAAGAUCCAUCUGACGCCAUGGAUGGUGGUACAUACUCCUGUACUGCAACUAUCCAAGAGAACCGAAAUGCCACCUCUGAGCCAAUAUUUAUCAUUUUUGUACCUAUUUUUACUCUUCAGCCCUCACCUGUGUCUGCUGAUAUUGGGGAUCCUAAUGUUACAUUAACCUGUAAUGCCACUGGAUUCCCUGCUCCUAAUAUAACAUGGGUCAGACUACCAUCGAAUGACCUAAACGAAUCAAUGAUACUAGAUCUGUAUAAUUCCGAUGAACUGUAUACUAUUGACGAUGACAGUAUGAUCAGUUUUUCCACUGAUAGUGACACCGAUAGCUCAUCAAUAUUGACCUUUGAUUUGAUUGAGAAUGAUGACUUUGGCUACUAUGCCUGUAUUGCAAUGCAGUCCAAUGAUAGUCUAAUGGGAGAAAUGGAGACUCUUGUUGCAUCUAAUAUCUCAACAGUCACUG